AUGUGCCACGCGCUCUUUGUGCUUGGUCAGAGGAUGUCACAGAGGAAAGGAAGGCUUUGGUUGGAGUGGUCCGAGGAGGUGCUGGCAGCUUUGGCUGCGCCAACAGAGCCGUCGCCCUUCGAAGAGGAGCGAAAGCGGGAGGCACUGGAGCUUGCCUUCGCUUGCCUUCGCUUGCCUUCCUCCGUAUCUUCUCCUGUGUCUUCUUGUGCGAGUGUGACACUGAUGCUUCUUCGCGCCUCUUUGUCGCCUCUUGUAUCAGAGGUGGGCCGCCGACCCGCAGCUCCUCGGCCGAAGCGGGCAGUGCGGCGGACGCUGGAGUCCAAUCGGCGAAGCCGAGUCGGGCGAACUGACAUCAGAGACGAAGUGCACGAACCGGCAAAGGCAGAAGCAAGAUCUGAGGCAAAGCCCGAAACGAAGCCAGAAAAGCCUGGCGCAAAGACGGAGGCGAAGCCGAAGUCCGAGGCCAAAGCCAAGGAUGGCGAUGCCAAGGCAAAUGCCGACGUGGCUGAGUCGCCGCAUCUUGGCAUGUCUCAGCUUUAUGAGGCCUUCGAUGCCGUCGCCAGCGCCCCCUGGCACGAUAAGAAUACGGGGAAGAAGACGCUUUUCUCGGCGGUCAAAGCCCUCAUGCAAGUCGCGCGGGAGGAGGAUCAGGGACAGAAGCUAGCACAGAUGCUUGGUGCGGUGUCGGAUCGGCGAUCGGCCUCACCUUCGGUGGAGUCCGACUUGCAGAGCAGGCAGAGUCGGCAGAGUGACUUAACGGACUCUCGGAGAGGGUCGCCGGAGCCAGGCGGGCGACGGAAAUCGAGCAGCGCCAACAAGUCUCAACGGUCACAGGCUACCCUUGUUAAAGCAGCGGCUGCCUUCAAGUCCGCCCUGAGUGCUGCUGCUGGGCUGAACAUGAUUGAACAUGUUGCGGGCGCAACUGACACAACGACUGGCGGCAACCGACGUUUAUCGGUCGCAGAGCGCAUGGCAAUGACGUCAGGUUCGCGACCCACAGACAAGGACAAAGAGUCGGCAGAGGAGCGUUCCGACAGCCGCCAGGCCCAAGCACCCCCUUACCAUCCCAAACCGCUCCAGCACGAGCAUGCGGCGGCACAACACGGGGACCAACCACACGACAGCGACGCGGACGACGACCACAUGGUCUGCAGCAAGGCCGGUCAAGAGGCGGAAGUUGCCCAGAAGCCCGAGACCCCGGUCCAUGAGUUUGCUUCUCAGCGACGCGAGCGUGGGCAAGGGCACUGGAAGUGGCAAUCCCAGCCAUUUGAGGCUCCCCUCUGCUCCUUCCAGGAACUCGUCAACGUGGAGAAUAACCCCACUCCACUCUCCGAGGCGAUGGAGCGUGUUCGAAGCCUGGCGGGCGGGCAAAACUUUACGUGGGAGAGGUCUUCCGGUGCACACGGUGGGAGGUGUCAGCCUGAGUUGGCCAGAGCAGUUCCGGAGGAACUUGUCGUGAUGUUGCACAUCAGCUUUCCGAUCGUUCUGUGGUACCAACACAGCUGGGAGAACGAGAUCAAAAAGUCAAGGCCAACAGUUCCAGUGACAACCCUGUUGAUCGAGCCGAAGCAGCUUUUCCGCCCCAUGUUCCAGCUCUUCGUCUUUUUAAUGCUUUGUGUCUUUGUGCAGCGACAUUACCUGGACUUCGGAAGCACAGACUACAGGGUGAUCGUGGGAGGCUCGCACUAUCGAGAGGCUUUGGCGAGCAGGAAAGUCGUGUCAAAGCUGGAAGAUCCGCCGGAGCUUUGGUCGCAAUCUGUGGAACAGGUGCCCAUCAUUUGCAUCGACUCCUUCGUGGCCUUGUCGGCGCUACUUUUUUCUCCAGAGCGGCAGGUGUUGUAUGCUGGGGUUGACCCUACGCCUUCCUACCUUCGAUGGCUGCAAUAUAUUGGGGACCAGUACAACUUCCACAAGGCUCUCGGCUCCGAGAGCGAGCGAGCGCUGGAAGGAAGGUGUGCGUAUGCGUUGAGCGAUGGGAUUGCAAUGUCUGGUAGCAUAAUCAUGGCAGACCAGGCAAUCUUCGAAGCCAUUUUACCGGAGGUAUUUGAGAUGAACGAGUUUCUGGACUUCCCAGCAGUCAUUAUCUUCUAUGGCCGGCCACAGCAUCGAGGGCGAGAGUCUGACCCACUUGCAUGGGUCAACAGCCCCUCCUUGAUCAAGGGCUAUAUUGCCAGAUAUUCCGAGGACAACAAGUGCAGUAAGCAGCAGGCUUUUGUCGGACCCGAAGAAAAAGCACAUUCACCAGGCACUGAGCAGACCGGCAGUGAGAAGAUACGCAAUGAUGCCGAGAAGUGGUACUGCUGGAAUGGCCUUAAGGUGUGUGAGAUCGGGGUGCCCGUGCCUCACACGCAAGCCUCGUUCUUGUCUCCGUUUGUCAUCACGAGGCUGCACUUCACCACGUCAGCUGCAAAGGGAUGGGUCAUGAUGGUGAUGGGUCUGAAUCCUCACUUGGGCGAUUGCCUGUGGUGUCGCGAGUUGACAGGGGGCGAUGGUGAGGAGCAAGAUAAGGCAACACGUGGCGGCCCCAGGCUCUUUGCCAAUCCAGUGUGCUUCAUCUCCCAGUGGCUUCCGAUCCAGCUCGCAGAAGACGAUGCCAUGGCCACAGAUCCACAGUCCCUCGUUUCCAACGUGGAUGGCGGUCUGGAGAGCGGUGCUCCUUCAGAAGUUGCAUCUGAAGCUGGAGAUGACGAGGACAGCGACUCGAGAAAGUCCUGGUCUUUCAACACGCAGAUGGGAGGCUUUGGAGGUGGGCCUUCGCCUCGCACGGACAAGGCUCCGGGACUACGCUGCUCAUGCGGUCAGUACAUACACGCCUCACAGCAGGGUGUCGGCAAGAAGGAUAAACAGGCCAAGAGCUCGCAAGGAGACGGCAUGGUGGCCACAGGCAUGGAGGCCCAGGAGGUGCGACAGGCGCUGUCCGCCCUCGGGGAGUAUGACCUGCUGCACACUUUCGUCGGCUUGAUGUCCGGAGGAUUGAACAUGGCUAAGUCUGUUUUACGCCUCCAUUUCAGCAUCGAUCCUGGGGCCUACCAGAACUUGCCCGAGCCUGCUUGCAAGCAGUGGGAAGUGGGGCUCAUGCCAUGGUAUCGUGAGUUUCACCGCAUGGACAUGCACUCCCGCAGCCGGCACGGGAUGCUUCUGGCCAGCAUCUUACGAGGCAUGCUCGGUGACGGGCUCACCAGUGGAUUGCACGAUGAGUCACUGGACAUGCUUCGCUUACCGCUUCCAAUGUGUUGGUCUCAGUACUAUCAUAAGAGACGGCACGCAAGCAGAGUUUUCGUUAAGUUGCCAGCAAGCCUUCGAUCAUCCAAGGGCUCCUGCCGCCGCAGACAUUGGGACCUUGCAACCCCGCCAGGCUUCUCGCGGCUGCAUGUAAAGGAGUACAAGUUCAGGUGGUAUCAGACAUUCAUGGCAACAUGUGGCAUGAGGCCGCACGUGCUCCUGGACAUGUGUGGCAUGGUCGCACUUCUUGAGCCAGAAUCAUUAAGCUGGAGGGGGGGUGGGGGGGGUGCUCCAGCAUGA